GGAAGGAGUACCAUUAGGGAACCUGGAGGAAUCGAUCGUAAAGCUCACGUUUGAGUUCAGAUGAGGGCACUCCAUCAGUUUGCAAUUUGCAAGCUACAAUGAAGCUGACAACAUGAGUAUAAAAGCCGGUUUAAAAGGCUGGCGCUCUGGUGCUCCAAGUGGCUGCUCUGCACCGAGUGAACAUCAAGCUAUCUCACACGAGGGAGGGCUGAGAGAAUCAAGAUGCUGUUUCUGAGCUCCAUAUCCAUCGUUUUGCUGCAACUGACUUUGUUCAACGUGCUGCAUGGUGCCAAGUGGACAUACACUGGGCCACUGGGAGAGCACCAAUGGUCCAAAAAUUAUCCAUAUUGUGGUGGAGCUUUCCAGUCUCCAAUAGACAUCAAGUCAGAGCUCAUGAGGUUUGACCCAACUUUACGUCCAAUUGAGGUUCACGGCUACAAUUUGUCACGCAACGAGCAGCUCACUCUUGGAAAUAACGGACAUUCUGUGCAAAUAUCACUGCCCUCCAAGAUGCACAUCUCUAGCUUCCCUCAUCGUUACACUGCAGCUCAACUCCAUUUCCAUUGGGGCUCCUUUAACAGGCCUGCAGGCUCUGAACACAUGGUGAACAGUAAGCAGUAUGCAGCAGAGAUGCAUGUGGUACACUUCAAUUCAGACAAGUACCCCAAUAUGUCCAUGGCUGUAGACAAAUCGGAUGGCCUGGCUGUGCUGGGUGUCCUGAUUGAGGUUGGGCAGUUCAAUCCGGCCUUUGAACAGUUUCUAAAGUUCAUCAACGGCAUCAAAUACAGAGAUCAGAAAGUACAGGUGCCUGGUUUCAACAUCAGAUCUCUCCUGCCUGCACGUUUGGAUGAGUAUUAUCGCUAUGAUGGGUCACUGACGACUCCUCCGUGCUAUCCAAGUGUACUGUGGACAGUGUUCAGGAAUCACGUGACAAUUUCUCGCAAACAGUUUCUGUCCCUGGCAACAGCCCUCUACUCCUCCCAUGCCCAGGACUCAGCCCCUGUGCCUCUGAGUGGCAACUAUAGAAAACCACAGCUCGCCGACACCCGGGUCGUCCUGGUGUCUUUUAAGGAGGGCAGAGGACUGCAUGGUUCUCUUACAUACACUUCUUCAUUCAAGCGGAAGAGAAUCAUUCAGCAGCUGCUGGUAGGUGACCUCGCAGACCUAGCUGAUGAAGGCCUCUACAAGCUCCUACCAAGUGGCUCAGAGAAGCUCUAUGCUGGCAGGAAGAAAUACCCCAAGAACCAAAAGAGUGGGACUCUGGCCAAAUCCAAGCAACAAACGCUGCAUCCAUCACUGAGAAAGAAGAGCCAACCAACCAACCGCUCUGUGGGAAAGUUAGGGCUGGGUGAAAAUGAACUGUGCUACGUCUCGCUGGAACAGAGAGUUUUCCAUCAACUCAGACAAUCCCACCGUGAGAACCAGCUGGUUCAGGCUCUCAGAGAUGCCGUUUUCCCUGAGCUCAACCUCAGGAGUUACCUGAACUGUAAGUCAGACCUGGCCCUCCCCACUAUCAGACAUAUUCUGCGUGGACGGCCAACAGAUGAGGCUUUUGAGUUAGAUCGCUCUCUGACAAAAGCUUUGAUGAAUCCGAAGAAGACCACAGCAAUCAAACAAAGUGUGCCAAAGACAAACUACGGCAGUCUGUCCCCUGCUACUGUUCCCAGGAAACCACACAGCCAUGGUUAUCCACAUCCUUGGCUUUUGCCAAUGGAAUGGGAAGACUAGAGAGAUUCCGGACUUAGUUGAGACUCACAUUAUGUCACUUUCUGUAGCAGACAUCAGUCGUGGGUCCCACAAUGAAAGACUUUUUAAGCCAUGCCCUGCAUUCAUCUGACCAAUCUGUCAUCUUCUGAUGAUUUUUUCUUACAAACGUAUUUAAUAUUAAAUUAUUCUUUUCUGUAUGUGCACACAAUCACAAUAUCCUUUUAAUCAGAAAUAACACUGUAUGCAUGUAUGACUUACAGUAGUUUUCACGAACCCGCUCUGCAUAACCAGUCAUCACCCGUAUUUUGCUCAGUACUGUAAAAUAUGAAUGUUUGUUUUAAAUUUAUGUCUUGACAAUCUGCAAAAAUGAGAAAUGUAUACCUUUUCACAUAUGAGCUUUACAUCUGUUGGCAUAAUAUUGCCUUGCUGGAUAAUGCUUUAAAAUAAACUACAAUAAAGCACAAAUCUCAUGUUUGUAAAUCUAUAUACAUCAAACCACAUGUACAGUAAAUAUCCACAAACUGCCUGGCAAAGAAUAUUCAUAGUAUUAUACUGUAUGCCAAGUUCAGUUCUAUAGUAUGGUAAUUGUAGAGCUAUACACGUAAUUAUUGUCUUGCACAAUAUAGAGAUGCAGCUAAACCAAAAGAAUUUGCACAAGCUUCACCAUUUUCUCUUAAAAUUUGUGCUUCUGGUCAAAAUGCUAUUUACAAUUAGUAAGAAAAACAUACUAAAAAUACAGAACUAUUUUCAAUUAAAGCAGUGCACAUGAAGCAUACAUGUCAGAUUUCUUUCCCACUGAAUUGAACUCUCACUCUUAACUAUUUUUUAAAAUUUAAAAUGUAUUUGACCCCUCUCCUUAGUCCUUUUCUGCAGCAAGACGAAAGAAAAACUUUUAUAUCUUUAUAGUCAAAAGUUUUGAGCUGCACAUUUGUAAACAGAGGCUGAGGUCAGUGUAGAAAAAAGUGUCUUCCUAUGCUUUGUCAGGUUUGAGAUUACUGUGUUCAUCUGAGUUUCGUUCUUUUGUAUCAAGUGGGAAAGAGAAGUGUAUUGUGCUGUUUCUUACACUUGUGUCAAUGUCCAGAACCCCUGAACUCCAGGAAUUUGAGAAGUAAAGCAAGGUUCAGGAAACCAAUGAUGCUAAACUGACAAUAUCCACAGUGAUUUCAAUCAUAUAGAAAAUAUUUUUUAAGUUUUGGUUGGUAUAUUUCAUUUCAUAUUGGUAUAUUUCAUGUAAAGGCUCCAUCAUCACAUGCAGUAACUUCGUGUUAUAUCACAUGAUUUGUAGAGCUGCACAAUUAAUCAAUCAGUCGAUCAAAAGUAAAUUAGUCUAUUAUUUUGAUAAUUGAUUGUUUUAACAUUUUCUGGUUCUAUAUUCUGAAAUAUGAGGAUUUCCUUAUGUUUUUUUUAUCAUAUAUGAUAGUAAAUUAAACAUUUUUUGGUUUAUUUUAUCCGACUGUUGGUCAGGGACACCACUUUGGGCUCUGGGAAGUUGUGAUGGUUUUGUGAUGAUCGUUUUUCACUUCUUUUGGACUCUUUUUAUAGACUAAACAAUUAAUCGAUUAAUGAAAAAUAAUCAUUAGUUGCAGCCCUAAGGAUUUGUGUAAUGAUUUUAUUCAUUAAGACUUAUGUCAGCCUCUCUGGGUAAGUACAGUAAUUCUUCAAGUUAAAAGGUUGGUGUAAAACUGGUUAAGAGACAGCUCUCUCUCUCUCUCUCUCUCUCUCUCUCUCUCUCUCUCUGUGUGUGUGUGUGUGUGUGUGUGUGUGUGUGUGUGUGUGUGUGCGCACAUCUAUGUUUGUGGCUGAGAUGUUCUUACUGACAUCAAGUUCAAGCAAACAGGAUAGACUGAACAAGAGCAGAAUGUUGAGAUUAAAUGAAAUUCAAACUUUUCAGCAUUUUUUUUAAAAUCUUUGUUUCAUCUGUCAUGUGUUCCCUUAACACUUUAACUAUUCUUUCUUGGAUGGUACAAUACCUAAGAGGUUUUUUUCUCUAUAUAGUUCAUUCAUUUUCUCUCUUUUUUCUGUGUU